AUGAGCAAUUAGAAAGUUAUAGAUAGAGAUACCCAUCCAAUUAAUCAUCAAGUUGUUGAAAACAUCAAGAAAUCCAAUGUAAAUUGGAAGCCAUUCGAAGUAGAAGAUAAUCCUUUUAAGGAUUUGGACCCAGCUGAAUUUAACAUGAAAUUUGGUCUACUCGGAAUAGAAAAGAAAGACUUAUAGUCUAACCUUAAGAAUUUAGCAUUCAAGCAUUUAAAAGGAUUCUUUGAUACACUCACUGGAGGAAAAUCUGAAUCAUAUCAUCAUGAGCAUGAGAAUGAGAAUAAACUAAGAUUGAAAGCUACUUUACCAACUUCUUUUGAUUGGCGCACUUAAAUGGCAGCAUGUACUCAUCCUGUGAAAGAUCAGAAUAGAUGUGGUUCUUGCUGGGCUUUUGCAGCAACUGGAUUUCUUCAAGACAGAUUCUGUAUAUAAAGUGGUGGCUCAGUUAUAGUUGACUUAUCUUCUUAAGACAUGGUUAGCUGUGACUUUUCUAACUCUGGAUGCAGUGGAGGAUGGCUCUCUUCAUCAGUUAACUAUCUUAUCAAUCACGGAGUAGUUUCUCAUGAAUGCCUAUCAUAUAGUUCAACUGCUGGAUAAACCACAUCAUGCAAGUAUAGAUGUGAUGAUAAAUCAACUCCAUAUAAAAAAUACGGCUGCAGGUUUAAUUCAAUGAAGAUUUUGAUAGACAGUGAAGAUAUUAAAUAGGAUCUUAUGACUAAUGGGCCCAGUAUGUUUGCAUUUCUCAUAUAUUCUGAUUUCACCUCAUACAAUACUGGAAUUUAUGAAGUUAGCAAUAGUGCUUAUGUAAGAGGAGCACAUGCAGUUCAGGUCUUAGGUUGGGAUUAUGAUAAUGGAAGACUAUAUUGGAUAGCUUAAAAUCAAUGGGAUACUACAUGGGGAGAGGCUGGAUAUUUCAAAAUAUAUGACGGUUAAGCUGGAUUUGGAAAAACAGCAAUUUCAUGCAUGCCUGAUUUCGAUUGA